AUGUCUCGAAGCAGCGGAUCUCGCGCUCCGCCCCAAAUUAACGGUCUCUAUUCGCUGAAGGUGGGUAUAUAAUUUAUCGGAAUUUCAAAUUUGUGAUCCUUUUCAGGUCGACAACAUUGCCUAUAGUACGACGCAGGCCGAUUUGCGUCGCAUUUUCGACAGAUAUGGCGAGAUUGGAGAUAUUCACAUUCCUCGCGACAAGUACACUCGCCAGAGCAAAGGAUUUGGCUUCGUUCGCUAUUAUUCGUAAGUUUUUUUAUUCAUUUUUUUGGUUCCAAAUCAAAGUUUAUAAACCCGAACAUAUUUUGUGUAACUAGUGAACUUUUCUUCCAAUUUUUUUGCAAAGUUUUCGUGAAAAAUGAAUGAGUAUAAAUGUACUGGGAAAUUUAGUAAUAUUUCAUUAGAUAAAACCUUUUUUAAAGAUACUUAUUUGCUUGGAAAAAAGUAAGCUACAUUUUUUUUUCUUAUGAAGCUUAUUUCCAGGCGGCGCGAUGCGGAACACGCGAUGGACCGCUGCGACGGAAAGUUUGUGGACGGCCGCGAGCUUCGCGUGAACAUGGCCCGCUACGAGAGGCCGCUGGACGAACGCGGAAAUUACCGCCGUGGGGGAAGGUUCGUAGAGUUUUCAUUCUCCGUCAAAUGAAGAGCACAAUCGGACAAAAUAACUCGGCACCACUUUUUUUUUCAACUUUUCUUGGUACUGUUUUGUUUAAUGUCCGCAUGUGCUCUUCAACUCAGACACCGUGGCGAAUUGUUGAAAGCAUAAUCUUACUUUACUGAAAAAAAAAAUUAGAAGGCAUAUAUUCAUCUUCAUAGUCGAUCAAUGCUUGGAUUAGAAAUUCCUCGCGAUCUCAUGGUGUCUGAGGACAUGGAAAUAAAAGAAACAAAUAAUUUUAUAGAUGAGUGUGUCGUGUUUCUUUUGCUACUUACUUUGGAAAUUAAAACGAGAACUAAAAUCGAAACUACAGUUGGAAGAGCUGGUGUAGCGGUAUAGCAGCACAUCCAGCGUUAGCAGUACUGGCUGCCGCAGUUGCUGCCUGAGCCGCCUCUUGUAAAGAAGCAGAGUUGCUGACUUUUCCUGUAGAUUCCCGUUGCCCGCUCUGCCGCCGUCGGUGUUGCGGUGUCCCUGUGCCGCCUGGGUAACUACCGAGAGCGUUUUCUUCUGAAAACGGAAAGACAUUUCCUUUGUCCAUUUUUUUUCUUUCGUUCACAGCUAAAAAAAUUAGAAAACCAUCAGUAGUUGCCGAAAGUGCUAACGGAAUUUCAUUUCUCAUUUUUUACUGUUGUUUUUGAAAAUAGCAACUUCGAAAAGUUUUAUAAUUGCUAUAGACGAAUGCGCAAGAUUUUCAAUGUUCAUUUUCAACGAUUUGAUGAGAAAUCAGCGUGUGCGAUAGUCGAAACCGGAAGAAAGGUAAACGAAUCUACGAGAAAGGGCAACAUUUCAAAGAAAAAAAGAGCGUGUAAUACUAGAUUCAUAGUAUACCAUAAUGAAAUAUCCCUUUCAUAAAAUAUCAUUUUUCUUGUAACAGAUCUCGUUCGCGUUCGCGCUCUCCACGCUCACGCCGUCGUUCCCGCUCGCCAGUGUAUUCUCGCUCAAGAUCGCGUUCUCCGAGGCGUUCACGCUCGGUAAGUUUUUUUUUUUCAUUUUUCUUAAGAGUCUUUUCCGAGCAUGCAGUCUUGAUUGUUAACGUGAUGAUUUUUUUUCGGCCAUUUUAAUAUGAUUCUCAAUUUAAGAAACGAAAAAUCUUAAGUUGUUUUUGAUCAUAUCCGAAACUAAAGCAAAUAUAAAAAGAUGAAAAUUUUCGUAGGUGUUAAAAGAAAGAAAAUUUUCAUAUUAACUAUUUCAAGUCGAAUUUAUCUUGGAUUACACGAUAACUGUUUCAGCCGCGUCGUAGCCGUAGUCGCAGCGCUUCGCCGGCUCACUCAGACCGCUCUCGCUCCAAGUCGCCACGUGGAAAAUCACCGUCGAAGAGUCCAGAACGCAAGCAAAGUCGUUCGCGAUCCCGUUCUGAACCUUCUCGUUCUCCAUCUCCCACCUAA